UGGCACGCGACGACGUGCAGAGCAUCCUCACAGUUACAUCUCGGACUGAGAGACACAUCAUCACAGUAUUAAACAAUCCCACGCGUAGGCUAUAGGCUUUACAAAACUGCGUGCAUUCUGCAGGAGGUUCUUAACUGAAGUGAAAGGUUUCUGCGCUCAACCCUGGCGAAUAACGGUCUGGAAUUUUACGAUAUGGACAACAAUACUCUGAGAGACAACUCCAGCCAGAACUGUCCGUCCAUCGAUGAGUUCCGGAACCAGGUCUAUUCCACCGUAUACUCCCUAAUCACCGUCUUUGGCCUGGUAGGAAAUGGCUUCGCUGUGUUGGUACUGGUCCGAACCAAGCGCCAGAGCUCGCCCUUCCAUGUCUACAUGCUCAACCUGGCUGUGUCCGACCUGCUGUGUGUCAGCACGCUCCCGCUGAGAGUCCUCUACUACGUCAACAAAGGCCAGUGGAACAUGGGAGAUUUCCUGUGUCGCAUCAGCUCCUACGCCCUGUACGUUAACCUCUACUGCAGCAUCUUCUUCAUGACCGCCAUGUCUGUCACCCGGUUCAUUGCCAUCGUCUUCCCUGUCCAGAACUUGCGCCUGGUGUCUCAGAGCCGCGCUCGCCUGGUGUGUGUAGGCAUCUGGGUGUUCAUCUGCUCCGUCUCCUCGCCCUUUCUGAUGUCAGGCGAGUACUACGACCCAGCCACCAACAAGACUAAGUGCUUUGAGCCGCCACAAUCGUUAUCUUCGCAGCGCGAAAGACCUGUCCAAGCUGACCUGUCCAAGCUGAACAUGCUCAAUUACUUCUCCCUGGCGGUGGGCUUUAUCCUUCCCUUCCUGAUCAUCCUGAUCUCCUAUGCCGGGAUCAUCCGGGCGCUGCUGUCACGCGCCCAGACCUCACGGUGCAAUCGCGGCUCGGGCUCCAAGGCCAUCCGUAUGAUCAUUAUCGUCGCCCUGGCCUUCCUGCUUUGCUUCACUCCCUACCACGUGCAGCGCAGUCUUCACCUCAGCUUCCUGACGCGCACCGACACCACCUGCGACGAGGUCGUGGCCAUGCAGAAGUCGGUGGUGGUCACGCUGUGUCUGGCCGCGUCCAACUCCUGCUUUGACCCGCUGCUCUACUUCUUUUCCGGGGAGGGCUUCCGACGUCGCCUGUCCACCAUGCGGAAGCCCACCAUGGUAGGGAACUGCAGGCCCCAGGCACUGCCCAGCCCCACGGAGAGUCCUGAGGGGGAGAACUGCCAGCUGAAGGCCCACUGAUGCUGUGCCAGUGAGCCAGACAUCAACACGCUUGAGAGAGAGAGGUGGGUUAGAGUCGUCACACGCUGACCCGACACUGUGUCGUGAGAGGAGCUGCACUUCCAGAGAAGACAGUCUUUUGUGUUUCUGAUGGUAUUCUAACUCACUCUAUGGCGAUAGUGCUAACACUCCAUUCACUAUCAAAAGGGCAUUCAUUAAUUGACCUGAAGCAGAAACUUCCUUCUUCCUUAGAAUGCCACCAAGCUGGUUGUACGAAUACACAGAAGAUUAAAAUGCCCCAUUGUUUGCCUCUUACCUGUUUGUUUUUAAUGUUUCCCUCAAACCAAACACUUAAAACCAGUGUUGGUGCUCUGCUAAUGUAGCUCUUAGCUUUCAUCACCAUUUGGUGAAAUUAUGCAUUGCAUAAAUACUUGCAUAUUUGAAGAUAUCAUGUAACAACUUUAAAAGGGAGGAUAGAAGGAUUCUGAUUAUGACAUACAGACUGAGAGACAAAGUGUCUGGUUUCAAUCUCUAUCUUACUAGACAAUUAAAUUAUUGUAUGUGUUUGUGUGUAUGCAUGUAUAUGAGCAAUGUGAGUAAUUGAUGAUGAGUAAUUGAUGUAUUGAAUUCUAUAUGUGAUUAAUUAAAUCUAGUGCACUUAAAUAUUGGAUAGGAUUUGUCUCAUGACUGGUUUCACGUUCAUCAGGUCUGAUGUUUGCGCUUAACUUGUGGCCAGUAUUGUGGGACAGCUGUUGGGUUGGAGAACUUAUUGUACUAAACUUACUUGAAAGUUUGCACUCUUGCACACAACAUAAAACUUCUAAGUGUGCUUUAAAUCCUGUCUGCUCUUGUGUUACAUAGAUUUCUACAUAAAAAUAAAAUUGUUAUUGUAUGGUCCUGACAGCUUUGUUCCUGUUGUAAGCACAUAAGGACAUAAAAAACACGUGACAAG